AUGGCGCCAUUCCUUAGAGAUGUCGCCUUCGAAGUUAUUAUCUCUUUCGAAGAGCUAAUCAGAAUAUGGCGACCGUACAACGGAGGACCUUCUGUCGCAUCCCAACUUCCGAGUCUAAAAAGCGAUCUAUUCCGGUUGAAGACGUGGCAUGCCGACUUCACCACUCGCGAUGUCACUGAGUUGGACGGAGGAUAUCUUGACCACCAUCUGCGCACCGCACCGCAUAUUCAACGCCAACUCCUCAAAUUACUGAACGGCCUUAAAGAGUCAAUAGGCGAUGCAGAAAAGAUCCUUACUGGACAGAUAGUCCCAUGGGAUAAGCUGAGCUACCAAGAAAACACCUCGGAAGAUUUCAUGACGGAACCACAAACGGAACUCCAACAGAUAGCGACGGGAAUCCGUGGACUGAUCGACUGCUUGUUAAGACUCCGUGUCGCGACCGGAGACCCCGCUCCUCACAACCGUAUCAUGUCUGCCAAACUGAGACGAGACUCAGAAGAUUAUAGCUUUUAUGUCAAUUUCUUUCAAGAGACAUGGGAUAAAAUCGAAGAGUUUUUAGCCGACCGCCUGGGCAAGUCAGUGUUCCAAAGACGAGAAACACUGAGUCAAAGAGCAUAUGAUCGAACGUCAACGAAUUCAAGUCUACCUCUCAACGAACAACUCUCAGGCGCUAGUAGCAAACAUCAGAUAGCCGCCGAAUCAACCCCUCUGGCAAUAUCAAAGCUAUUGAUCGACGAUUUCGAGCGGAUAAGAAAUCCAGACGAGGAAUCCACGUUGUCCGAAGGAGCUCGCGAUAUCUUACGGGGCAUUGAGGCCCAGGUGGAGAGUGUGCUUCACAAGUCGACAUCAGAUGAAUUCCAGUGCCCAUAUUGCAAUAUGACGCUGAUGCUCAGUCACAGUGACCAAGAUAAGUGGAUGUAA